AUGGCUGAGCACCUAUUUGAUGACACCUUCGUCGUCAAGAAGCUCGAUCCUGAUGGUAAAAAGUUUGACAAAGUUUCUCGUGUGGAAGCUAUGAGCGAUGAUUGUCGUACAUAUAUGCAGUUAGAUGUUGCCACAGAGGUUUAUCCUAUGCGUGUUGACGAAAAAUUUAAAAUGGUUCUAGCUGAGACUCUGAAUUUGGAUGGCACUCCAGAUACUGGCUACUUCACACAGGCUGUCGGAGAAACUCUCGCUGACAGGUUUGAGUAUGUCAUGCAAGGGAAGGUUUACAAAAUUGCAGAUUACGCCCCGCCCAAGCCCAAAGAAGAUGCAGACACCUCCAACAAAGAUGCAGACACCUCAAUAGAUCCUAAAGUGGAGGUUUUUGCAUCAUUCGGUGGUCUCCUGAUGGUGCUCAGGAGUGACCCUUCCUUUGCUGCCCCCUUCGAGCUGGACAAGAGGGUUUUUCUACUUAUACGCAAGGGGCCGUAGAACUACAUUAGGAACG